AUGGCGGAAUCAAUAUCGCCCGACAACCCGCCCUAUCUGACCCUGACGAUCUCGCAAGCCCUCUCGCUGCCCCCACCGCCGGCGCCGGAACCAGCACAGCAUGAGUCGGUCAACGCCAUGCUCGACGCUCGCGCGCGCCACAUGCCGGAUGUCCUCGCGGUAGGCUUCACCCAUCUCAGCUCGGGAUCGUGGGGCUGCCACACCCUUACCUACUCGCAGAUCGCCUCGCUGGCGCACAACCUCGCCGGGGCGCUGGAGGACCGUCUCCCUAGCAGGCAGGCGAAUGGCAAGAGUCCGAACGGCACGCCCCUAGUCGCGGUGCUCUCGUCAUCGGGCCUGGAGCUGUUCGCACACAUCGUGGCGUUGUGGCGGCUUGGAUAUGGCGUGUUGUGUAUCGCGCCCGGGUCGACCGCCGAAAGCAUCGCCAACCUCCUCCGGCUCACAGAGACGGAUACGAUUCUUGCACAUGCGUCACAGGCUUCCGCUGCACAAUCUGCCAUCGACGCGCUCGAUGCGGGAGGGAGGGUGUGCGAGAUGCUCCCCGACAUUCAAGCCUUCAUCGAUCGCAAAGUGGAUCCCAAGUCAGGGAGUGCGACGGGGGAAGACGUGCUAGUAACAAUGCAUACAUCGGGCUCUUCCGGACUGCCAAAACCCAUCUACCAGCUACAUCGCUUUUGGACCGCAUCGAUGGUCACCGCUCCCGGAUCCUCGCUCUCUGCAUUCACAACGACGCCCCUGUUCCAUGGGGGGAUGUCGGAUCUUCUGCGCUCGAUCCAGGCAGGGUCGUCGAUAUUCUUCCACCCGACGGCGGAUCCCGGUGCGCUGUCUGCGGCAGCCAUCUGCUCUGCGAUCGCCGCAUGCCCCAAGCCAGUAUCGUACUUCCUGUCCGUACCGUACAUCCUCGAUCUGCUUUUCAACGACAGGUCCGCCCAGGCGCGCGAGAUGCUUUCCGGAAUGGAGUUGGUGAGCACCGGUGGUGCGCCCUUGCCUCAACCCUUGGGCGACGCGAUGGUUCACGCGGGAAUCAAACUCGUCAGCCGACUCGGCAGCUCCGAGUGUGGAUUCCUCAUGUCUUCCUGGCGCUCCUUCCACGAUCUCGAAUGGAACUUCCUCCGCAUACCCGACGAGCUCGGACGAUCGAUGAUCCGAUUCGAACCGUUUGAAGGGGCCCUAUUCGAGCUGGUCGUCGCCAAAGACUGGCCCACGAAGCUUGUCUCGAAUCGAGAGGACGGUGCGUAUGCAACGUCGGAUCUCUAUACGAAGCAUCCAGAGCUGGAGAAUACAUGGAAAUACGACUCGCGCGCGGAUGAUACCAUCGUGCUGGUGAGCGGCAAGAAGGCGUCGGCACCGAUAGCCGAAAGGCGGCUCAAAGAGUCGUCGCUCGUGACGGAAGCCAUUGCGUUUGGCGCCAACAGAGCCAUCAUUGGUGCGCUCGUGUUCGUCACACCCGACGCAGCCCCGGGAGCCUGGAAUGACGAGAUCAAAGUCAAGCUGCUGCAAAUGCUGCAGCCGGUGUUGAAGGAGAUCAACGACGCCAGUCCGCCGCAUGCGCAGCUUGCGACCGAGAUGGUGUGCCUCCUCCCACCCUCUGAAGCGGCUAACAUACCCAGGGCGAGCAAGGGGACUCUCCAGCGAGGGCGCGCGUAUCAGCACUACGCCGACCUCAUCGACAGUGUCUACCUCGAUUUUGAAGAAGGCCGUUCGUUGCGACUCCACUCCUCUUCAACGGCUAAAGAAGAGCUGAGCGGCGAAGAGCUCGUCCAAUGGCUCCAGCACACUGUCGCGAGCAUCAACGGUCGAAGCGUCGCGCCAGACACAGACCUCUUUGUGGCGGGGGUCGACUCGAUCCAGUCAGCCCGAAUUCGCGCUGCGGUGCACCAGAACGUCGAGCUCGGUGGAAAGCUGUUGGACCGCAAUGCAGUCUACGAGUUCCCCACGUUGCGGUUGCUCGCGCAGCACAUCGAGGACGUUCGAUCCGGAAGUGGUGGGGUGAACGGGGUGGAGGAGCGUCAGGAGCGGGAGGUGAGGCUCAUGCGCGAGCUGGUGGAGAAGUAUUCUUCCUCUCCUCCGGAUCUUGACGUGGAGCGAAAAGCAGGAGCGGGUAACGGGAAGGGCACGCUCUUCCUCCUAACCGGUGUGACUGGUGGGUUGGGUGCCCAAGUCCUCGCGCAAGUGACUGCCACCCUCGAGCCCGAGGAUACGAUCGCGUGUCUCAUCCGCGCGUCGUCCCCCAAACACGCCCGAAUGCGGCUCCUGGACGCCCUCUCCUCGCGCCAUCUGGACGCCGCCCACUCCGCCGUAUCUGCUGAGAGCAGCCAGGUGCUCGUCCUCGCCGCCGACCUCUCGCUCCCCUCCUGCGGCCUCCCUCCCCUCACCCUAUCCUAUGCGCGCGUCUUAACAAUCCACGCCGCGUGGUCGGUCAACUUCGUCGCCUCGCUCAGCAGCUUUGAAGCCGAGAACAUCGCGGGCCUCUCUCACCUCAUUGCCCUCCACCAGUCGCUGGCGGGCGAGAACGGGUGCUUCACAUUCGCCUCCUCCGUAGCGUCCGUCCUAGCAUGCCCUCCUGGCUCCGUCUUGCACGAAAAGGCCUCGACGGACCCAAGCGAUGCGGUGCCGAUGGGAUAUGCGCGGUCCAAGUGGGUUGCCGAGCAGGUUGUCUCCCGACGCUUUCCCGAGGGUGGCAGUCGCAUCGUGCGAAUCGGUCAGCUGUGCGCAGACACGCAAAAGGGGGUGUGGAACGAAAGCGAAGCGUGGCCGUUGCUCAUCGCCAUCAGUUGUCGAUUGGGGGUCUUUCCGCGGCUCCAGGAGCGGUUGGAUUGGAUCAGCACGGACGUUGCGGCGAAAAGCCUGCUGGAUAUCUCUUCUGCUCAGAAGGACGGCGUGUUCCAUGUCGCUCAGCCAACGACUGGCUCAGAUCCCGCACCGUCCUGGGAAGAACUCCACGAGUGGCUCCAAGCCUCCGAGUUGAACCUCUCCCUCAUUUCCCCACAAGAAUGGUUGGACCGCGUCGCGGAAUCCGACGCAGACCAUCGAGGCCUUCUCUCUCUCUGGCAGAAGAACUUCACCUCCCCACCAACGGAUCCGACCAAGUUCGACUGCAAUAAAGCCCUCGAUGCCAGCGCAAACUUCCGCACCUGGCAGAAGACAGGCGUGACCCAGCAGCUCAUUCAAAAGACCGUAGCGCGGUGGAAGGAGAUCGGCUUCCUCUCAUGA